UUGCGGGAAGCGCUGGAGGAGGCGGAAAGGAAGGCGAAGACGUCGGCGGAGAUGGUGGUGGAGCUGCAGGAGCGCGUGCGCGCGCUGAGGGAGGAGAACGUCGGUGAAGCGAGGGUGUUGACGAGACUGGAGGCGCAAUUGCGUCGACGCGAGCACGAGUUCGAGGCGCAUAGAGAAAUGCUUUCGUCGCAGCUUGAGGCGGCGAUUUACUCGGCGAACGAGCGCGAUAACGAGGCGUUAGCGAGGGAUCAGGAGGCACGAGAUGAGGUGCGCGCUGCGAAGAUGGCGGCGUCCCAGUACGUAUUAGACGACGCGCAGCGGAGAGAGUUUUCGCUCAAGGCGGGAUGGUGCGCGCGAUAUUUUAACCUCAUGAUUGCCCUUGGCUUAGCGCCGAUCGAUGAGGACAUCAAACAAGAAGCCGAAACGUGGACGCGGGCGUUUGGGAUCGCCCUCGAGAAGGACGACACGCACGCAUCGAUCGCGAGAAAGAUUGGCGACGUCUUGAUAGAAGCCGGCGCGAAGCCGGUGGCGUCGUACGAAGUAGACACCUCGCUCGUGACCGCAUCGGCGUCUGCGAUGGACACCGAAGAGCCCGUAGAGAACGAUGAAAACGGUGUGCAACCCGAUGAACACGCCGGUCCCACGCACACGUCGCUUCCACCGAGUUUGAACCCAUCGUGGCCGAGGAAUUUCAGAGACGCGCUCGGCGUGGAAAUCGCGAUGCGUUAUCUGGCGUCACGUAGAAUAGAAGAGCGCGUCGUCGUUUCGCUCGCAGACGUGCGUCGUGCGUCGGCGAUUUCGAGCAUAUCACGUAACGCAGCGAGCGAGGACGACUCGAGCGCGUUGAGCGACGAUGAGAUUCACGAAUUCCAUUUUCGCCGCGCGUGGUUGAGAUUUAUGUGGGCGCGUGCUCGAGAGGCGGGCAUGGAUGCCGGCGUGGCGGACGAGCGCGAGGAGCAUUGGCUGUCGGAAAUGCAAACGAUGACGAAUCCCAACAUGCGGCAGCCGCUGCGUUUCAAGCGCGACGCGCUGGCCGUCGACAAGGGGUUGAAAGAGUUGCGCGCGUUUCUUGUCGAAUCUCGACUUUGGCGAUGA